AAGCCAGGUCUACCCAGUAAGGCACUUGUAAAAGCAGGCCCAUGUGGUGUGCUGAAAAACCGGGCGACAUACUAGCACUUUAGAAAACAUUUAACUGAAUACAUUUCACAGCUGAAUGUUAUAGCACACCUUUCCAAUAUGCUAAUAGAAGCAUUAGAAGGGGAUGUUACAGUCGUCUACUGUAAUGCCAUUGCUGCCUCAGUGCAGAUCGAGGUGGAACCUGUUGGUCGGUGGUUCGAGGCCUUUCUGAAGAGGAGGAACAGGAAUGUAUCGGCCUCCUUCCAGGAGCUUGAGGAAGAGGAGGAGUUGUCUGAGGAAUCUGAGGAUGAAGAGCUGCAGCUGGAGGAUUUCCCCCUGCUGAGAACACUGGACCCCAAAGACUGGAAGAAUCAAGAUCACUAUGCUGUCCUUGGACUGGCUCAUAUGAGGUACAAGGCAACACAGAAACAAAUCAAAGCUGCCCACAAGGCAAUGGUGUUGAAGCAUCACCCUGACAAAAGGAAAGCUGCGGGAGAGCUGAUUGUAGAAGGAGACGGUGACUACUUCACCUGUAUAACUAAAGCUAUAGAGAUUCUGUCAGAUCCUGUGAAGCGAAGAGCAUUUGACAGUGUAGAUCCUACCUUUGACAACGCUGUGCCUUCAAAGGGCGAAGGCAAAGAUAACUUCUUUGAGGCGUAUGCUCCCGUUUUUGAGAGAAAUGCCCGGUGGUCUUCUAAAAAACAUGUUCCCAGACUUGGCACUAUGGAUUCCUCUUUUGAGGAUGUGGAUAAUUUUUAUUCUGUUUGGUACAAUUUUGACUCAUGGAGAGAGUUUUCUUAUUUGGAUGAAGAGGAAAAGGACAAGGCAGAAUGUCGUGAUGAGAGGAGAUGGAUUGAAAAGCAGAAUCGUGCAGCCAGAGCCACCAGGAAGAAGGAAGAGAUGAAUAGACUACGGACGCUUGUUGACACGGCCUACAGCCUUGAUCCCAGGAUAAAGAAAUUCAAAGAUGAUGAGAAAGCCAGAAAGGAGAAUGAGAAGAAGGCCAAAGCAGACGCCAAGAGGAAAGAGCAGGAAGAGAAGGAGCGGGCUCGGCAGGCAGAGCUGGAUGCUGCACGGCUGGCCAAAGAGAAGGAGGAAGAGGAGGCCAAACUGGUUGCCCAGCAGGCCAAGAAGGAGAAGGAGAUCCAAAAGAAGGCCAUCAAGAAAGAGAGGCAGAAACUGAGGACAACUUGCAAGAACUGGAAUUACUUUGGUGACAAUGAAUCUGAUAGUGUGAAAAUGAUGGAAGAUGUGGAGAAACUUUGUGACCGUUUGGAGCUUGUGAGUCUGCAAUCCCUGAAUGAAGGAUUGGCAUUGGGUUCAAAGGAGGAGGGCAAGGUAGCGGUGGAGAAGCAGGUGCAGGAGGUGAAUGCCCAGCUGCAAAAGGAGAAGGAUGCGGAGGUGCAGGCCAGGCAAGCUGUCCGCACUGCCGUACAGGCCAGCGGAGGAGGCGGGGGCGGAGGAAAGGGCUGGAAUGAGGAAGAGCUCCCGCUGCUCAUCAAAGCAGUCAACCUGUUCCCUGCUGGAACCAACGCCAGAUGGGAAGUCAUUGCCAACUACAUGAACUUGCACUCCACCAGUGGCAUCAAAAGGACGGCCAAAGAUGUUAUCAACAAAGCCAAGAACUUACAAAAGCUUGAACCCGGGCAGAAAGAUGAGAUUAACAAGAAGGCCUUUGAGAAGUUUAACAAAGAGCAUGCAGCCGUGCCCCAGACAGUGGACAACGCAGUGCCCUCUGAGAGAUUUGACGGUGCUGAAGCCAACACUGCAUCCUGGACCACUGAGGAGCAGAAGCUUCUAGAGCAGGCCUUGAAGACCUACCCAGUCAGCACCCCAGAGAGGUGGGAGAAGAUUGCUGCAGCUGUGCCCGGACGUACCAAGAAGGACUGUAUGAAGAGAUAUAAGGUACACUGGACCUUGUUAUCGGUAAUCCUUCUGUGUGUGGUUUCAAUCCCGGUUUGUAUGUACAAUUUAGAUGACAUGUCGAAGAUGUAGCAUUCUAAAGCCGAGAUACUAUCUGAUCACGUUUAGUCUGCACCUUUUUAAAGGCAAUGUUUAUGGAGCCCGAAUUCACGGUAAGCGCUGCAUAGAGCACAUGUCGACUCAAUGGGAAGUGACCUUUUUAAAAGGGCUCUACAGCUGAUUGGAUUGAAUGCCUGCCUAAAGCUAGUUCUCCUCUACAGGAACUGGUGGAGAUGGUCAAAGCCAAGAAGGCCGCCCAGGAACAAGUUGGCAGAAAAUGACAAGACAAACAGCCCCAUGUUCUUCUUUUAACGUUAUUGUGUUGGUCUUUAUUUUAUAAUAAAAUUCAAAGAAACCACAACUUAAACUCUUUGUAAAAGUUGCUAUGUUUAUAUAUUGUACAGUUGGCUGCUCGCUGUUAUUAACUUUCCUAAGUAUCUAAAGAGAGCGCCAAUUCUCAGGUUCUCAUCCAGUACAUCCCACUGCGAAUUCGGUUGUAGUCUGGGAGCUGCUCAAUUGGUCCUGAAAAAGAGGGAAAUGUACUGAAUGCUCUUUAUACCACACCAGUUUUGUAAGUAGUCAGCCAUCAACAGUUCAAUUCCACUGUUUUGCCCUAGCAGCACAGGUAAGGUCUUGACUGAGUGCAAUAUUGUAUGUAUUGGUUUGGCAAUUGAAAAAAGUGUGUAUAUUUGUAGCUGAAAUUGCAUAACUUUGUUUGACGACCCCUAAUAGCCUUAAUUUGGAGGGGGGGGAUGCCAGUAAACAGAAUGAAUCAGAAUAUAUUCUCAAUGUCAAUAACAAUAGAAAUCACAACGUACCGACUGCUGCGAUGGCAGGCGAUUUGUCAUAGAUGUAUUUUGUACACACGUCCUUGAUGGUCUUUGCAUCUAUGGCCUUCGAGGGACAUAAAAAAUAUUUCAAAUAAAGACACUGCAAUUUCCCAA